CAUGGACAGUGAUUCAGGUCUUGGUUCUGUGGUUUGCAUGGUGUUCCACUCAGGACCCCGCACCUAGAAGAGAAUGUAACUCUUCGCUGAAUGAAUGCACAGUGGGUGUGUGAUGGAAGAACAUUUGGAAGGCAUUCCCCAAAGCCCAGCAUCCAAAGGCGAAGGUCCUGGGGUACUUUCCUGGAAGAUGUUGGUCCUUAACUUCUCAUGCAGACCAUUCCAAUCUGAACACAGCACCGUUAGUGUGUGGAGACAACACAUCUGAAUCAUUGACAAGAUCACAAUCCGAUUUUAAAGAUGUGUUCUACAAACCCAGGCAACUGGGUCACAUUUGAUGAUGACCCUACAUUUCAGUCUUCUCAAAAGUCAAAAAAUUUCCAUCCAGAGAAUCAAGGCAUCUGUAGGCCAAACGGACUUAAGCUGAACCUUUCCACUCCUAAGGAAUUUUCCAGUGGGUCUUCCUCCACCAACAGUACCCCCAUCCCCUCUCCCAUCAUAGACUUCUACUUCAGUCCAGGACCUCCAAGUAACUCUCCUCUUUCUACACCUACCAAAGACUUCCCAGGAAUUCCUGGCUUCCCCAAAGCAGGGACUCAUGUGCUUUAUCCUAUUCCAGAAUUAUCUUCAAACAACCCACUCACAACACCUGCAGCAGAUUCUUCCUUAGUGUCUACUAAACCAACCUGUGUACCCCAUGCUUCCUUGCCCAAAGAUCACUCAUGCACACCUCCAGUUCCCAAAGUGGGUCUUCCAGAUGAAGUUAAUCCCCCACAAGCCGAAAGCCUGGGGUUCCAAAGUGAGGCUCCUCAGUUUCAGUAUUUUCAGGAGGACUGUGCCUUUUCAAGUCCAUUUUGGAAAGAAGGAGGCAGUGCUUCCCAGUUCACCUUUGACCCUCCAGGAAGCAAAAAGGGAUUCCCAUCAAGAGACAAAGAAAUGCCCAUUGAUCAAAAAAGCUUAAAUCAGUGUUCACUCAACUACAUCUGUAAGAAGCUUGAACACCUCCAAUCAGUUGAGGACCAAGACUCAUUUGGAAGUUUGCCUAUGCAGUGUCUGGAUGCUGAAGAUACAGGCUCUUCCUUUGUCCCUCACACCCUCUUCAGGAGUCAGCCCAAGCCUGGAUGGUCUUUCAUGCUGAGAAUCCCUGAGAAGAAGAACAUGAUGUCUUCCCGUCAGUGGGGGCCCAUUUUUUUAAAAGUCUUACCUGGAGGAAUUUUGCAAAUGUAUUAUGAGAAGGGGUUAGAAAAACCAUUUAAAGAGUUACAGCUUGAUUCACAGUGUAGGCUUUCUGAACCCAAACUUGAGAACUUCACCAUGGCGGGAAAAAUCCAUACUGUGAAGAUUGAACAUGUGUCCUACACAGAAAAGAGAAAGUACCAUUCAAAGACGGAAGUCGUUCAUGAGCCAGACAUAGAGCAGAUGCUAAAGUUGGGGUCCAUCGAGUACCAUGACUUCCUCGAGUUUCUGACCACUGUGGAGGAGGAGCUGAUGAAGCUGCCAGCUGUUCCCAAACCAAAAAAGAACUACGAGGAACAAGAAAUCUCCCUCGAAAUUGUGGAUAACUUUUGGGGUAAAAUCACUAAAGAGGAAGGGAAAUUGGUUGAAAGUGCUGUGAUAACUCAGAUCUGUUGCCUCUGCUUUGUGAACGGGAACUCGGAAUGCUUCUUAACAUUAAACGAUCUUGAGCUGCAGAAGCGAAAUGAACACUAUUUUGAAACAGACCCAGAAAAGAAGGGGAUUGAUAUUCUAGAAUAUCAUUUUCAUAAGUGUGUGAAAGCAGAAGAAUUUGAGCGAUCACGAAUCAUUAAGUUUGUGCCUCUGGAUGCCUGCCGGUUUGAGCUGAUGCGUUUCAAGACGUUGUAUAACGGGGAAGACCUUCCCUUUUCCCUGAAGUCUGUAGUGGUCGUCCAGGGGGCAUAUGUGGAGCUUCAGGCCUUUGUCAACAUGACCCCAUUGCCUCAGAUAUCAUCCCAUGCCAGCUCCUUGAGGUCCUGUGACAACGUAAUGAUACACUUUCCUGUCCCGUCGCAGUGGAUCAAGGCUCUCUGGACCAUGAACCUCCAGAGGCAGAAAUCUUUGAAAGCCAAAAUGAACCGCCGGGCAUGUUUGGGGAGUUUACAUGAACCCGAAUCUGAACCUGUCAUACAGGUCACUGUGGGGUCAGCAAAAUAUGAGAGUGCCUACCGGGCCGUGGUAUGGAAGAUCGAUCGGCUUCCUGAUAAACAUUCAAGUCCUGAUCAUCCUCACUGUUUGUCAUACAAACUAGAACUUGGAUCUGACCAAGAAAUUCCCUCUGAUUGGUAUCCAUUUGCUACUGUUCAGUUUGGGAUGCUUGACACCUGUGCCUCAAGGACCGAGGUCAGGUCUCUGGGGGUGGAGAGCGAUGUGCAGCCCCAGAAACAUGUUCAUCAGCGAGCUUGCUACAACAUCCAGGUUGAAAUAGAAAAGAAGUGGAUUAAAAUCGAUGGAGAAGACCCAGAUAAAGCUGGUGAUUGCAUCACUCAGUAGGAAUAGCAAGAAUUAGUGAUGACAACCCACUUUUCAAACAGAAAUCACACACAGUUCUGCUACUAUCUAGUGGAAAUGACUUCUGAAUAGAGGGCUUGGGACAGUGUCCAGUGGCUGGCUGUGUUUGGAAAAGUUUAGACCUGAAACUGAACAAUCUGUAUUUUAUGCUUUUCGAUAUAUUUGUGCCCCAGGGAUUUGAUCUAAAAUGUGCCUGUAAUUUGUGUGAUGUUUCUGCUUCCUAUUGAAGCUCAAAGGCGCUGUUAUUCAGCGUGUGACCCAGUUUGGCUAAAGGGGUUUUGUCUUUUGAUUACUCGGUGGCUGAUUGUUUUGUGCUUUGGAUUACCCAGCUGUCAUAUUUAUUAUCCCCCUGUCCCUAUUUCUUCUUGCCAUGUUAGCACCUGUACCGGAGGGUGAGGC